UGUGGAAGAGGUGCUAUUUAGUCCUCUCUGAGUCAGACUGAAACAUUUUGUCACCUACAGACUGUCCCUCAUUUAAACCACACUCCCCCCACUCCUAUCAGCUUAUAAUACCAAUACUGAAGUCAUACCUGCGUUAAUACCACUCUGUUCACAUCAUCAUCAUCAUCACCUUCAUCAUCCGCAGUCAUGUCCUCUUGUUCUCUCCUGCUGGUUCUGCUGGUUCUUACCUGCCUUCAGUCGUCCACAACGGCCCAGCAUGUAGGACAACCAGAAUCAUGCUGUUUCACAUUCCAGACUGCAACAAUCCCUCUAAAUCUCAUUAAGGAGUAUAUAGAAACUCAGCGUGCCUGUCCAAAACCUGGAAUCAUUUUUAUCAUGAAGAAUGGCCGUCGUCGGUGUGCAGACCCUGAAGUUCAGUGGGUGAAGGCUCACAUGGAUAGUAUUGACCAGCUUUUUAUGCAAGCCUAAUCCAACUACACCUGAGUGCUUAAGUCAAGAUUUAAAAGUAAAAAUUCAGUAUGCAGAUUUAAAAAAAAGUCACUAAAAUAAGAAACAAUAUAUGCAUCUUGUGUGUGCAACAAAAUUGGUAGACAAGGAAAAAUUCCUCCAUUAGCAUAUUUUUACCACAAAAUCGAAUAUGAACUAAUGGUUAGUUUGCUUGCAGUCUGACAUUUUUAGCUUUGGCUUAAUUAAUCUCCGAUCUGUAGCCUUACAAUCAUUGUGUCUUAUAUAUGCUUAUUGCUUAAGAAAAUUGUAAUCACACA